AUGAGUGCAGAUUCAAGAAAUCCACCGCAAACAGGCGGCGAAUAUACUGGCUUCACAGGCACGGCUGAAGAGCAGGCAAGUGCAGGGGUAAAUAUAGUAGUAGACAAUUGUGAGGUUACUACAGAAACUGUGUAUUUAACUGAAGGAAAUGGCGCUCAUGCAAUGCAAGAGAUUCAUUAUCAGCAGAUAACAAGUGAACCUUUGGCCAAUAAAGAAAUAGCUAUAGAAACUUCUCUGAUAACUGAGGGUAGCAGUCAGCCAGUAAAUGAUCCCCAGUUGAUGGACCAAGUUAAGCAGAUUGAAGCUGACCCAACCAUUGUACAUCUGGGCUUGACAGACAUUGUUAAUGCAGUACAAGAGGUGUUGGCAGGGGAUCACAGUCUUCACAGACUACAAGGAGAUAGUCAUCCCGUCGAUCAACAUGGUGUUGUAACAACA